CAGCCGUCCUCGCCGGACGCGUGUAGCACCCGCGCCGACCGGCUAUAAAAAUAGCCACCUGCGGCACGGCUCCUCCUCUGCUCUCCGGCUGAUCUGCUUCGUUUUCGUAGGUGCCUUCACUAACUAGAGUCCACACUCGAUACUGCGCUGUGCUGGUCGAGAGCUUAGUUCUAGCGGUUUCGUUUGCGGAAGAUGGAGGAUUCGGUGGGCGUGGAGGAGAGGAGGGAGCAGAGCGAGACGACGCCGCACAAGAAAGCGCGUCAAGAAGUAGUGGAGGCCGGCGGUGUUGGCGGCGGCGGCGGCGGCAAGCCAGGUGAGGACGGCGGAUUCCUGAGCGCCAUGGCGUCCAAGAUCGGCGCUACGAUGUCCGGGACCAAUGGCGGGAGCGGCGGCGAGGUCGUCAGUGCGACCAUGGCGUCCGACGGCGAGGAGGGGAAGACGGACGGUAACGGCAACGGCGAGCCAGGCCCAGGCGAGGAGGGUGGAUUCCUGAGCGCCAUGGCGUCCAGGAUCGGCGCGGCGAUGUCGGGUGCUAACGGUGGCAGCGGGGACGACGGCGGCGGUUCCAAUGCGGCCGUGGCGUCUGGUGCCGAGGACAAGGAGGCGGACGGUGAUGGCGGCGGCGGCGGCGGGAUCUUGCGGAAGCUGCUGCACAGCUCGCCCCCUGCGCCACCGCACGCGUCAGGAGCAAUGGAAACAGAGGAGGUGAAGGAAGGUGAGCAAGCCGGGAUUCUGAGCGCCAUGGCCACCAAGAUCGGCAUGGCCAUGUCUGGUACGAAUGGCGAUGACAGCCAUGGCGGCAGGGGGGACGACGCCAAGACGAGCAAUGGUGAAGCGGUUCGUGGCAAUAAUGGUGAUGAGAAGAAGGGGGAGGAAGCCAAUGGUGGUGGCAUUCUUAGCGCGGUGGCUUCCAAGAUCGGUGCGGCCGUGUCAGGCGCCAAUGGCAACGGGAACCACAGCGCCAAUGGCAACAUGAACCACAGCAGCGCUGAGGAUGAUGCCAAGACGAGCACCGGCGACGCUGAUCAUGGUACCAAGGACGAGGAGAAGGGGCGUGAUGUGAAUGGUGGUAGAAUAGUUGAGCAGAUCAUUGCCAACCUGCCCUCAGAUGAUCAGGCGCCAGAUGCCGAUGAAGCUUCCUUGCUCAUUGCCAUUAUCGAAGAUUAGCUCCAUGUUCCGAAGGCAGGUCAUGGCUGAGCAAAAGCGGAUAGGGCUAGCAUGUUAUUAUGUCCCCCCGCAAAGCACGUUAUUUCCUCUCCUUUGUCACCAAUAAAAUUCACCUCAGCUCGUGAUUUCACCACUGUUGGGGAAUGGGGACACCUUAGGAACCGUGGAUGCAUGCAAGAGUGUCUAGUAGUUUUGAGUUAGUAAACAUCAUGUAACGAGGCUGAGCUGAUUGGGUUUGUUGUGAUAUAAUUUAUCUAUCUGGUUCUAUAUUCUCGACAUGGGCUGAAUUUAUUUUAGAAUUUAACAGUAGUGGGUGCUGGUCGACAAUGAAACGUCUACUGUAACCUCGUCAUUUCUGAAAUUUUAUAUAACUCAAAAGUCUUUUGAA